CAUAGGUAGGCUGCAGGGAUGUUGGGUGUGUGUGCGGAAACUGACAGGUACAGAGCUGCCGUCUCUCGGUGAGUUGCAGGCAAUGCAGCGAACAGAUUUAGUAAACAUUCCGAUAUGAGGUUCUUACCAACAGCCAGAUUAACUAUGUUCACAUAACUUGGCUCUAGACUGGAGUUCAGUGGUAAACGUGGGCGAAGAAACCGCAGGAAGAAACGGGAAAUUCAACUGUCAGCUGGCCGGGAAAGCCGAACACACCACCCGGCUUCCGGGGAUUCAGGGGCCGCAUCGGUUGACGGCAGACGUCGGUCGGUAGCUCGGGGGAAAAAGGGCGAACAACCACAUCAUCGCCGACAUCGAUUUCAGCGACUUUCGAGAUGUCAAGAAAGCUACAAAGGACAGAAGUCUGCGCCGACUGCAGUGCGCCAGACCCGGGCUGGACCAGUAUCAACAGAGGGGUCCUGAUUUGUGAUGAAUGCUGUUCAGUCCACCGCAGCUUAGGCCGCCAUAUCUCCAUAGUCAAGCACCUGAGGCACAGCGGAUGGCCUCCCGCACUACUGCAGAUGGUUCAGACCUUGGCCAGUAACGGGGCCAACUCCAUAUGGGAACACAGUCUCCUGGACCCUGCUCAGGUGCAGAGCGGCCGUAGGAAACCCAACCCCCAGGACAAAGUCCAUCCCACUAAGUCAGAGUUCAUCAGAGCCAAAUACCAGAUGCUGGCCUUUGUGCACAAGCUGCCCUGCCGUGAUGAUGAUGGCGUCACUACCAAGGACCUCAGUAAGCAACUUCAUUCAAGUGUGCGGACGGGGAGUUUAGAGACGUGUCUUCGGCUCCUGUCCCUCGGCGCUCAAGCCAACUUCUUCCACCCGGAGAAAGGCACUACCCCGCUCCAUGUGGCAGCCAAGGCAGGCCAGAUCCUGCAGGCUGAGCUGCUAGUGGUGUACGGUGCAGACCCCGGAGCACCUGACAUCAAUGGACGCACACCUAUGGACUACGCAAGGCAAGCGGGCCAUAUAGAGCUAGCAGAGCGGCUGGUAGAGUGUCAGUACGAACUGACGGACAGACUAGCCUUCUACCUUUGUGGACGGCGCCCAGAUCACAAAAAUGGCCAUUAUAUCAUUCCUCAAAUGGCAGACAGAGCUCGUCCUAAGUGCCCGACACAGAGUCUGGACCUCUCAGAAUUGGCCAAGGCUGCAAAGAAGAAGCUCCAAGCACUCAACAAUCGGCUGUUUGAGGAGCUAGCGAUGGAUGUCUAUGACGAGGUAGAUCGCAGAGAAAACGAUGCAGUGUGGCUUACGACCCAGAACCACAGCACUCUGGUAACAGAACGCAGCGCGGUGCCCUUCCUACCAGUCAAUCCUGAAUACUCUGCCACACGCAACCAGGGCCGUCAGAAGCUGGCCCGUUUCAACGCUCGGGAGUUUGCCACCCUCAUCAUCGACAUCCUGAGUGACGCCAAAAGGAGACAGCAGGGGAAAGGUCUCAGCAGCCCUACUGACCCAUUGGAUCUGGGCAUUGAUGAUGACCAGCACGACUACGACAGUGUAGCCUCUGAUGAAGACACAGACAGCGAGCUGACCACCCAGAACAACAACAACACACAACGCAGCAACCGUGCAAAGAGUAUGGACUCAUCAGACUUGUCAGACGGUCCCAUCACCCUGCAGGAGUACCUGGAGGUGAAGAAGGCUCUGGCCUCCUCAGAAGCCAAGGUGCAGCAGCUGAUGAAGGUCAACAACAACCUGAGUGAGGAGCUCCGGCGGCUCCAGAAGGAGAUCACGCGGAUGCAGACAGAGAACAGUGCGCUGCGGGGGGGCCAGCAGGUUGGGGGGGCAGCCGGCCAUGGGGUAGGGGGGCCUGGUGGAGGAGGAGGAGGAGGAGGGGGAGGCCACUGGCAAGGGGGUGGGAUGAGAGGAGGAAUAGGCGGAGGGGCGGAUCCCCCGGGGCUCUCAGUGCCCUCCUCUGUCGCCCCCCACUCCCAUCCCCACCGGAGGGACCGCCAGGCCUUCUCAAUGUACGAGCCAGGAGCGGCCCCCGGCCCCACGGCCCAUGGUCCCCCAGCCCUGGACUCCCUGGCAGCCCGCCUGCAGCCCCUCAACACACCCAGCGUAAGGAAGGGUGGAACAGGGGGUCCAGCGCCGUAUGGGAGCCAGCAUCUGUCUGGAUCUACAGAGAUGGGCAGAUACAUGGUCCCUAAAGCAGAGAAGCACGGCAGUGGCACUGACAGUGACUACGACAACACACAAACGUACGACCUCUCGCUAAGUAUGGGCCGCAGCAGUGAGGAGGAAGGCCGUGGGGAGUCUGAGGAGGGAGGAGGUGGGGAGGCGGGGGAGCCGGACCCCACCCUGCCCUGCACAGAGGAUGUCAUACUGAAAACUGAGCAGGUGACCAAGAACAUCCAGGAGCUGCUCAGGGCUGCUCAGGAGUUCAAACAUGACAGCUUUGUUCCAUGUUCUGAGAAGAUCCACUCAGCUGUCACUGAGAUGGCCUCACUCUUCCCCAAACGCCCAGCGUUGGAUGCAGUUCACUGCUCCCUCCGCCUAUUGGCUUCCAGUGCCUCGCGGUUGCAGGUGGAGUGCCGUAAGGCUGCGCCCUCGGAGCCUGGGGCCCCUGCAGUGGACUACCAACUCCUCACUCAGCAGGUCAUCCAGUGCGCCUACGACAUCGCCAAGGCUGCCAAGCAACUGGUCACCAUCACCACUCGUGAGAAGAAACAGUGACCCAACAAAGGCAUGGAUGGAUGGAGAGGGAAGAGGGGGAGAGAGAACGGAUCGAUGCAUGUGUGGGCUAACAGGGACGGUAGGGGCUUCUAGGAGAGGAAGAAAGAAGGAAAAUAUGAUCACACUAUAGAUGGGAAGACGAGGGAGGGAGAGUAAUCGAAAUAAUGAUGGGCACAAUGAGGAAAGGAAAAGUUUGGAAUAUGCAUGGAAAAGGAAUCAGAUGAAAGCAAAGCAAAUUGAUUGUUUAGUAGAAACACUACAGAGGACUGAAGAAGGAAGAAUUCCACAAGUGUGGAAGUGAAAGUAGGGAAGGACGAGUGGAAGGAUCCAACAUGGAAACUACAGCCUGCUGCAACCUAAAUAAACUGUUGGAAUCAGAUGUGUAUAAUAAACCGCUUAAGCUGUGAUAAGCAUACGUGAAAUACAAUGGUGGCGAUGUACAGUGAACUGGAUCCUGAGAUGUUACCGCUUUUAUUUAUUCUCACCGGUCACACGUCAUCCCUCCCUCUCCCUGUUUACCUGAACUAGGGAGGGAGGAAGUGUAUGCUGCGAGAGAGGGAAGUAGAUAGACCAACCAUGACAUACUCAGCACCAUCACCGUCCCUCCAUCCUCUCCUUUCUUCUCUGGCCUGCUCCUCUGCCCCCCUCUCUGUCUCUCCUACCAGACAUGAGGCCCCUCUGUCUCCUAUCCCGUCCCAGACAGGAUGAGCUUGCGGGGCAGAGAAGGACCCCCUGGGACCCAUCUAGCUCCACCCCACUCCACACCCCACCCAGGCCAACAGAUGCUUCCGCCUGGGUUAGCUUCUGCAGGGGGCUCCAGCUUUUCUCCGACCCUUCACACCCUGUUGUUGGUGGUACACAGCAUGAUCUGGCAUGUUUUAAUUUCUUUUCUCUCUCUUCUUUUUCUGUUUUUUUUUCUUCUUUUGAAUAUGCAGAUUGGUUUGGUCUGCACCUAUGAGGACAAAAAUUGACUUACACAAACAAAACACUUACACUGGAAUAAUUGUGAUUUAUUGUUGUUGUUUAUCAUGCCUAUUUUUUUUGUAUUGAUAUUUUUACUGACUGUCAUCUUGAUUUAACUGUUUAUGUAUGUUAAUUUUAUUGUCUCAAAUAUGAUUCUCAUUUAGUGGAAUAGGGAGACAGGUGGAAGUAUGUGCUCAACCUCUUACUGGGAUUUAAAUAAACAUGCACACACAUACACAUAAAAGAAAUGACCUGUCAAAUGUUCCUCAACAUUUCUCAAGCACUCCUUUUCUGGGUGACAGUUGAGGUAUUUUUUUCCAUGCGAUAUAUCCUGUGGCCAAGAGGGUUGAACAGUUGCCAAAGGGGAGAGGGUGUUGGGGGAGAUUUGUUUUUGGUUUAGAUUUUCCGUCAGACCAAAAGCCCUGUGGUGCACUAUGACAGGACUUGGAUCAGAAUGCUCUUUUCAUGUAUCCUCAGCUGUCUUUUUGGGAGUGAUUUAUCUUACAAUUUGCCUCAUUUAACAGAGCCAGUGGAAUCAUCUCAGAAUCAAUCCCAUAUUCAUUUUUGAUGUGCCAAGCAGGAUAAUAUAAUCACUUGGUCCAGUUUGUAUAUGAGGAUUAACCCCCGCUUUAAAGCAGUAUGUUAUUUACAUGGCGGGUGUGCUCUUGGGUGCUUGUAUCACACAGCAGCCAUUACUUGCAUGCAUGUUAACAAAUGUUCAAUCACAUUAAGUUGAUACACAUACUGGUAUGUUACAGUUAAGCUUUAAGUAGUCCUGUGGAAAGCUCCAGAUCUAGCAACCUGGAAAGUAAAUAUGGUAAGAGAUACUCCUCGCAUCAUUUCAUUUGUGAAAAUACGCUCAUUUGAAAUGUAUUUAGCCACUUGAUGUGAUUUAGUUUGCCAUGUAUUAUUUUUUUGUCUGGCAAGCACAAUCAAGCCCACAUUCUGUUUUCCGAUUGAUUCUCUGUCGUGGCCUGCUGAUCUGGGCCACAGAAGUUGUCACUUCUAGCUCACUGUCCCUGAACUCUGCCGAUGGUGGGACAGUAUUGGGAACAAAGAAGUUUUUUCAAAAAGAUAGCGCACUUAGCCUACUGUAGGUUUAAAGCUUGUUGUACUGUGCUGAAGAAAUAUGGUCAUAUCUGUAACAAAGAACGCAGAUGGGACUUAAAAAGUCUUUCAGUCCUCUUCUAGUUUAGAUUCACCUCUAACCCUUCUCUAAUGAUUGUGACGCUGGUUUCUCAAAGUGUUUGUGGUUUUAAUGGUUGGUUGUUCUUGCAUUGGUCUAUUCUAUAAUCAUGCUCAGUACUCAGAAGGCCUCUGCACAUUAAAUUUACUCACCUGACACGUUGACCUCAUCCUUCACACAGCAGUUACAUCUCAAUUUUUCUCUUGUAUUGCUGCCUUUUAGCAAGAAGCAAUUAGACCUGAAUUAGCCUCAAACACUUUGAGCGAUUGAUGCUAGACCACCUUCAGCACUUCUCUGUCCACUUUAUUCAUGCCCCCCUCCCCCCCCAUCAUCACUUGGGGUCUCUGUCUGUCAGUGUUCCUCAGUCUCACACCGUUGCACAUAUGUCUCUGUAGGGGAGGUUGGAUUGUUUGCUCUGUUCCCUAUCAAAACAAAUCAUGUCAAGAAGAUGAAAUGUAUUGUUGUUUGAUAUUGAAUGCCUUUGGACAUCAUUAUCCUCCCCUGUUUGACUGGCUGAAUUACAGUGAUGUUGUACUGACUGCUGAACAACAGCAACACUUCCAUACACACACACACGCACAGGGGCCAGUAGAAAAGCUUGUCCCUUCAAUCAUGAUUACCCAAGUUUUAGACUAGAGUCAUAUAUAUGAACAUAUAUUUUCAUGCUAUAUUUUAUAUUAAGCUAUAUGUUAGGGUUAUGUCUGCCAGAUAUUUAUGUCUAUUUGUUGGCCCAAGUGGGCUUCGGGCUACGAGACCUGUUAACCAAAUCUUCAUUCAGCUCUUUAGUCUUGACACCAAUGUACUUGAAAGAUAGUUUAAGUCUUGUGGGUAUUGUCAUGCUGUGGUAUUACCCCCUUAUGUAGUUCUAUUGUACAUAUUAACGAUCCUACUAGAAUCCACAGGAAACGAAGAGUGAGAACAGUUUGAUGUAGGCGAUUACUCAACAGUGUGGUCUAAAUUGCACUAUUUUCAAACACCAGCUGGGUGAAGUAGGAUCUACAUUAUGUGCUGCACUCUCCCAAAGGUCUUAGUUCAAGUACAUCAGGUGCAGGAUGCAGGGUUUGAUUUGGGAUUGGGCAACAGAAAGGUCUGAAGCGCACUUCAGCUUAGCACUACAGUCAUCUCAAUGGCAGGAGGAGGGUCUAAAAUGCACAUGGGCUUGUCCUUCCCCGAGUUAGUAAGACACUACGUAGGGUGCCUCUAGUGUGAAUGUUAAAUGCUUCCGUCAGUUCAUGUCCAAUACAGUUUCUACACCUUCAUCAUGUCCAAAAUUCAGCACAUGCUUUCCACACACACCCUCAACUUAUCAGUUGGACCAAGCCUUGUACAAGUACAAACAUUACAUUUGAAGCCAGUGAAUUAUACACACACACUUCUGAUACUCAGCCAAUGGCAGUGCACUGUGGCCUGUACUGUUGCUGUCCCUGUGUUUCUUCACAGCUCUACACUUUGGGAGAUGGGUGAUGGGAGAGUUAUCUUUUAACAGAAGACGUUAAAAACUGUAUAAAGUAGAGAAAACAAUGACUUAAAAAGGUCAAUCGUAAUGGAAACUCAUAAGCUGUACCUUUGUAAUAAAAUAGUAAAACAAG